CGCUUCUUCUUCUUCUCCUCCUCCUGCUGCUGCUCCUGGUCGGCGCGCUCGCCUGGCAAGCUCCGGGCGCCAGCAAUCACUACGCUCCGGACGAAGACGACGACCCGAUCCCGUCCUUCGCUUUCGAGGAGGAGAACCAGACCGAUUUUGGAAGAUACCGAAGCGUGUCCGCCGCUUUCUAUCGGAGCAAUAAGGAUGCAUGGCGCUUACCUGGGCAUUACAUUGUGGUGCUUAAGGAGGAAACCCUUAAAUCCCAAACGUCUCGAACUGCCAGACAUCUGCAGGCCAGAGCAGCUAAGCAUGGCUAUUUGACCAAAAUUCUACAUAUCUUUGAGGAGCUUUUCCAGGGAUUUAUUGUGAAGAUGAGCAGUGAUGUGCUGCACAUGGCUUUGAAGCUGCCACACGUGGAUUACAUAGAGGAGGACUCCUUCGUGUUUGCGCAGAGUAUUCCCUGGAACCUUGGCCGGAUCGUCCCGACACAGGACAAAUCUAGUGAAUACACUCCGCCCAAUACGGGCAACCUGGUGGAGGUUUAUCUGCUAGAUACCGGCGUCCAGAGCAACCACCGGGAAAUAGAGGGCAGAGUGUUCGUGACGGAUUUUGAGAACGUGCCAGAGGAGGACGGCACUCGCUUUCACCGACAGGCCAGUAAGUGUGACAGCCACGGGACCCACAUGGCUGGCGUCGUGAGCGGGCGGGAUGGCGGCGUAGCCAAAGGAGCCAGUGUUCGCAGCCUCCGAGUGCUCAACUGCCAGGGGAAGGGCACUGUGAGUGGCACCCUGAUUGGAUUGGAGUUUAUUCAAAAGACCCUGGCUGUCCAGCCCUACAGUCCGCUGGUUGUGUUGCUCCCUUUGGCUGGCAGCUAUAGCCGCAUCCUGAAUACUGCCUGUCGCCUAAUGGUGCGGACGGGGGUGGUGAUGAUAGCUGCGGCGGGCAACUACAAGGAUGAUGCUUGCCUGUAUUCGCCAGCGUCUGAACCAGAGGUUAUCACAGUCGGCGCCACCAACGUCCAGGAUCAACCUGCUUCCAUGGGGACCUUGGGAACCAACUUUGGCCGUUGCGUGGAUUUGUUUGCCCCUGGAGAUGAUAUCAUCGGCGCCUCCAGUGACUGCAGUACCUGCUUUACAUCACAGAGUGGGACAUCCCAAGCAGCUGCGCAUGUAGCAGGUAUUGCAGCCAUGAUCCUGAACACCACCCCUGGUCUGUCCAUCUCUGAGCUGAGACAGAGGCUGAUCCACUUCUCCAUCAAAAACCUUAUCAAUGAGGCUUGGUUUCCUGAAGAGCAACGGUUGUUAACCCCCAACAGGGUGGCUGGGCUUCCCUCUAAACUUGUAGCAGAUGAACAGCUGCACUGCCGCUCUGUCUGGUCUUCCUUGUCUGGGUCAACUAGUGCGGCGAUAGCCGUCGCCCAUUGCAGCAGCCAUGAAGAAAUGUUCAGCUGCUCGAGCUUAUCGAAGAAUGGGAAGCGUCGGGGCGAGCGCAUUCAGGAGGAUUAUGGAGGCAGGAAGGAGUGUGUGGCUCAUAAUAGAUUUGGGGGCCAUGGGGUCUAUGCCAUAGCCCGGUGUUGCAUUUGGCCCAAAGCUGACUGCCAGGUGAACGCCCCCUCCCAGGCCGCAGAGGGCUCAGCAAUGCAAAGUGUCAGCUGCAUUAAGGACACCCAUGUUUUGACAGGUUGCGGCUCUCAUUCUGUGUCUGGGGAUUUCAGUGGCAACAUCAGGCCUGUACUUGGGGCAGAAAGCAGCCGUGACCACUGUGUAGGCCAGGCAGGUGCAACUGUGCAUGCUUUCUGCUGCCAUGCGCCCAGCAUCGAGUGCAAGGUCCAGGAACACUUUUCUCCGGAGUACUCAGCAAAGGUGAUGGUGACUUGUGAUGAAGGCUGGACUCUGACGGGAUGUAAUGCCCAGGGUCACGGCCAUAAUGCUCUUGGUGCCUAUUCAGUGGACAACACUUGUGUCGUAAUGAGCAGCCUAGGCAGCAAAGGAACAUGGGCUGUUGCCAUUUGUUGCAGAAAGAGACUCAUGGAAAAUGAGCAGCAUUCCAAUUAUAAGUGACAGUUCUAACUCCACCCCACAACAAUUCAUGGGACUUUUGAGUUUAUGACAACCACCUUACAUCAGCACAUUGAUGACCUGUCCCUCUCUUUCAGUUGUGCCCGAAGAAAGUGUUCUUGCAGGCAGUCCAGGCCAGCACAGCUAGAGUGAUUGUGGUGUCCUUAACACAACUGUCCUAAAUGUCCCAAUUAUAUACGACUUAUGGGUCU